UUUCAGAGGGACUUUCUUCAUAGCCUGCGCAAGUACGUACUUUGGACAUGUGCAUGUAUGCUUUAUUUUCACUGUUAAAAUAAGCGAGCGUCCAUGAAUGCGACUAAGUCUAGUACCACUGUUAGUUUCUUCACGUUCGAAAGCUACACAGAGUUCCAGGCUUCGCCAGCUCAUACGUAGCAGAAAUCAUGUUCGUUCCGAAGAGCCACCCCGUAGCGGUUUUCGGUUCUUGCGGGAGUCUUGGUCGCGCAACCGUCACGGAUAUCAAAUGCAAAAAUGUCUGGGUCUGGAAGAGUUGGAACUUGUCAUGCGAAUUCUGGAAUAGGCAAAAAUUUGUAUUGCAUAAGCACCAAAAGCUUCCCAUUUCUUGCUACGCAAAUAGGGAAUUUUUCAUGCGGGAUAGACAUCAGGAGGCCUGUGCAAAACCUAUAAUGCUUUCGCGUGCAUUAGAGACCAGGUGCGUGAUCCAAGAGAUGCAUGACAAACUCCUGCAAUCUUCCAGACCCAGACAUUUUUGCAUUUGAUAACGGAACUGCGCAGAAGAGGUUUUCCUCACCUGCUGGGAAUCGAUGUGGGGUCCGAAAACGCGGAGUGCACAGCCAAUUUGCAGCUUUCAUCCAGUGCUGCCGCCGAUGGCCAAGUUUCAUCUCUGCGGCUGCAACAGAGUUCCGUUCUCGACGCGGUGGCGAAAGUCGUAGCAGAAAGAGCCGCGCAAUCCUCAGCUGCAUCCGCCGCCACCCCCUCCAGCAGCUCCACUGCCACCACUCCCCAACUCUCCGCGGUGCUGUGCCUGGCCGGCGGCUGGGCCGGCGGAAACGCCGCGAGCGAGGAUCUGUUGCCAAAUGCCGAGGCGAUGAUAGCAAGUUCCCUGUACGCGUCGCUGAUCAGCGUCAGCGUCGCCGCCCGGUUCAACACGCCGCUCGUGGUGCUGCCGGGCGCCGCACCGGUACUGGGAGCGCAGGCUUGUCCGCCCUUCAUGCUGCCCUACGCCGUCGCCAAAGCGGGUGUACACCAGUUGCUCGCCUCCGCGAGCUCGGACCUGGCUACGGCGGGCCUGCCCGUGGAGACCAAGCUCAUGGGCAUCGCGCCGCGCACGUUGGACACCACGGUACAGCACAGAAGUUGAUGCAGUGUCGCUUUUUACUCAAGACUAUUCUUUUCUGGUGAAAUCGAAGUGAAAUCACAUUGGCAUAAACGAGUCGAAGAAGCUUUAGUUACACUGCGGAUCGUCGUCAGUACUUUCCACUACUUACGAACUUCGCCAAAAAAGAAAGAUAAUCAAACCCUAAAGGUAAAUCGGCAGAACAUGCCUGACGCGGAUUUUUCAUGUUGGACGCCUCUGCCGGAGCUAGCGAGGCAGCUUGCGAACUGGGUAGAGGAGCCGAGCAAAGUUGUCGCCGGUAAAAUGUACGAAGUAGUCACGGAAAGCGGGAAAACGGAGUACCGCUAGAAGUCUGGAGAUGGUGCGAAGAGGGAGGAAUCUUGUAUACCUUUUCGUAUCCGUCCUGUGUACCAAUAUACAAACUUUAAACACUUGCUCAACAGUCUGCCAACCCGUUUCCGAAAAAGAGGCAGAUCGUUUUGUUCGCACAAACACGAACUCCGGUUGUAGAAUUGAGAUCGUGCCAGCACCACAUGCACUGGUGCUGCAAAAUAACUUGAAGAAGGGAAAUAUGGUAGAAGAUUUCCUCGGCAGCGGCUUUGUUGUAGAGGCAUUCAU